CGAAUCGAAGGCGACACCUAGAAGCCGCAGGAGAAGAUUAUGGCAACGUGAGUGAGCAGCGGAACCGCCUGGCCGGACCCCCCCGUACCCCGGCGGAGCGGAGCGGUUAGCCGCGCGGUUGCCCCAGCCCGAGCGCUGUUCGUGGAGCGGAGCCUCCAGCCCUGCCCCAGCUCAAUAUUCUCUCCUUGGAGGCUCAUUCUUUUCUUUUUGACAAUAAAGAUGAAAAGAAAGUGGAUAUUGGAGGAUUUUAAUUUUAUCUUUUUUGGUGUGGUCUGUCUCCUUUUCAUAGAUGGAGGUAAACUAGAACAAGUAAAAGAUUCAGAUACAUACUGUGUGUUUCAAGAUAAGAAGUACCAUGUAGGAGAAAGAUGGCAUCCUUAUCUAGAACCCUAUGGCCUUGUUUACUGCAUUAAUUGUCUUUGCUCAGAGAAUGGAAAUGUUUUGUGCAGCAGAAUAAGAUGCCCAAAUCUACACUGUGCUUCCCCUGUGCAUGUACCACAGCUGUGCUGCCCACGAUGCCCAGAAGACUCCCUUUUCUCAUUAAGCAGCAAAAUCACCGGGAAAUCCUGUGAAUACAAUGGCACCACCUACCACCAUGGUGAAAUGUUUGUGGCUGAGGGGCUUUUCCAAAACAGGCAAGCAAACCAGUGUGCCCAGUGCAGCUGCUCAGAAGGAAAUGUGUACUGUGGAUUGAAGACUUGUCCCAAAUUACCUUGCUCUUUCCCAGUUUCUGUUCCAGAGUCCUGCUGUCCAGUUUGCAGAGGGGAUAGGGAAUUAUCAUGGGAACAUUCUGAUGGAGACAUCUUCCGGCAGCCAGCCAACAGGGAAGCUAGACACUCAUAUCAUCGCUUCCAUUAUGACCUGCCACCCACCUCUGCCAGGCAGGUAGCCAACAUUCCACAAUUUCCCAAUGCCAGGAGUAACCGUGGAGUCCUACCAGAUCCACAGCAGGCCUCAGGAACAAUAGUACAAAUUGUCAUCAACAACAAGCAUAAGCAUGGACGAGUUUGUGUUUCAAAUGGCAAAACAUACUCACAUGGUGAAUCUUGGCAUCCCAAUCUCCGGGCCUUUGGAAUCGUAGAGUGUGUGUUGUGCACCUGCAACAUCACCAAACAAGAAUGUAAGAAAAUUCACUGUCCAGAACAAUAUCCCUGCAAAUACCCUCAGAAGGUAGAAGGAAAAUGCUGUAAAGUCUGUCCAGAAGGUGUGCCAACUCAAACCUUUGACAAUAAAGAUUACUUCUGUGGGAAAGAGACAUUUCCUAUCUAUGAAUCCAUUUUCACAGAGGAAGGAGAAACCAUCAGGAAAAUUGCAAUAGAGAUUGAAAAGCCACCUCAAAUAGAAAUACAUGUAUGGACAAUUAGAAAAGGGAUUCUGCGUCACCUCUACGUUGAAAAAUUGCCCAAGAGAGAAUUUGAAGGACUUCCUUACUUCAAGCUGAUAACAAGGACAACUCUUAGUGCCUCAUAAACUCUUCAAUUUGAAGAUUUGACUGCUGCAUAAGAGAUGCCGAACUUGGGAAAGAAAUGAGAAAAUUUGACUUAACCCCUUCGACAUGAACUUUUAAGUAAGUUAAAAUAGAUUUUGUGCUUUUUUUUUCACAUUUAAUUCUGCCCUUUAAGCUAACUACUUUAGAUAUGCUUAGAUCUUUUUUCUCCAUUAUAAAAUGUUAUUAACUCCUCACUGGAAGCACAUCAUCUUCCACUAUCCUAAUAAAACAUAUUUUUCCAAAAUAAUAAAUAAAAUAGGGCAAAACCAAACUUAAGGUGUUGACGGAACUCUCUUAUGAAGUGAAUAGAUGCUGUGCCAAUACUGUCUGUUUAAUCACAGCCUAACAUUUUAAUUAUGUAUAUAGCUAAGGAUUUGCUAGCAUUGGCUUAAUUAUUCUGUAUGAUAAUAUGAACAAAGGGCCUCUGUUAAAGUAAUAAACAAGAAUUUUAGCUGGCUGAGUUUCCUUAAAUGUUCCAAGAGCAAUGAAAAAUCUGAUCAUUAAGCAUUUACUGCCCCUGAGAGCUAUUUUAAACCUGUUCCCUUCAUACCACAGCUGGCCUCAAAUUCUUUUUAACUGAAAGCCCUAGUAAGACAAAACAAAAUAAUGUUUCUCAUUUGGAGUGAGCUGUCUGUGUCAUCUGUGUGAUGUUCACUAAAGGAGAUGUCUAUCUUAAUGAGCUUUUGGCCAGGAACAGUGCUGCCACUUUCUAACUUUUGUCCAGUUUGCAGGGCUCCUGAGGCAGGGUGUGCUGGAUGUGUUAGAAUUGUAAAUGAGCCCCAGAAGUGCAUAUUGCCCAAGGAUCCCACAGUAACAAUUAAGCAAUAGUCUCUGCUCCCAGGAGCCUCUCCUACUAGAUAAUUGAUCUCCCAGAUAAUUGAUCCCGACAGGAGCUAUGCAGAAAACCCAUGCUGAAGGUGAGGACGAAGAACAGAAGUGAAGGUUCAUUAUCUUUCAAUGAAAGGGAAGUUAGCACCAAUGGGAACUGAGUUUUAAAGAACCAAAGGGUUAAGGCUUUCACUUUUUGAAGGAUUUGCCAUUAAAUUUUCCUUUGCCCAACAGAAGCUGACUGUUUUGAAAUACACCCUAUUUUUAGUGUGUCCCAGUAAUCAGAUAAGUGGUAGCCAAAAUACUCCAAGCCUACCCACAUAUAUGGAAAAAGAGAGUCCAAGAAUCCUAGAAAGUAGUACAGCAUAAGACACAAUAACAAUAAUGACAUGUGUUGGUUUAAAAGCUAAACAUUCUGCCACUAUAAAAGCCUUCCAUGUAAAAUCUGGAAGCACAGGAAGAAAACCAACUGUCAAUGUAUUACAACAGGAGAGGAUCUCUGUGGUACCCUGUGAGAGCUGAAGUCCAAAUAGUUUCUGAUCCUGCUUUCCUCUGUAAGUCUCUGCCAUUAGAUCACAUUGCCCAUCACACAGAAUCUGCUCACACAGAUGUGACACACCACAGGAGCACCUAUUCAUGCUGUAUCUGAAAGAUUCAGCUCGCCUACUCCACCAAGAUCAGGGAUGGAUGAAGAGAAGUACAAAAAUUAUCCAGUAUCAUGGUGGACAUUUACAUAAUUUCUUUGUUGAGUUUUUAUUUAAAUAUUCAUUUUCUUGAUAAAACAAGAUUGUGGCUGGGUCCUGGGGGCCUGUCCAACCCCUAGCUUCUGCCAGAAACACCCCAGAUAGUCGUCCCAUGGGGGGAGCCACUGUCCGGGGUUUCUAGGCAGUUUCCAGCCAGGGGUAACCUUUUGGAGCACAGGCAAAGUCUUUGGGUGAUCAGCUCUUUCAGAAAGUGAUUUCUGCUCUGUGAUUAGCUCUGAUCAGCCCAGCCAGCUCCCUUCAGGGGUUACCCCUGCCGACACAGAUAAGAGACAGGAAGAUCAUAUGGUGUUCCACAGAAAGUCUUUAAUGCAGUCUUCAGUGAAGAGGGCCAGUGAUGAUCUAACACUGAGCUGGACAAGAGCUGGACAAAAGCUGGGGUUUUUAUAGGGAAGGGGGGAAUCAAGAAGGGGACCAAUGGUCUGAGAUUGAGAUAAGGUAACGAGUAGUUAACAUGGGGUCCUGAGGCAGGAAGGGGUCCAUAGCUUAGUCAUCAUGACUAGGCAGUUUUGUCUUAUCUUAAGGGGUUGAUCUCCAGGGACGAUGCCUGUCAGAUGACUGGCUUCCUCCACACUUAUCAAAAUAUACCAAAUUGUUCAAGAUAAAUCCAACAAGAAAGACUUCCAGAAAUUCUAAAUCCUGUUAACUUAUUAAAUGAGAAGCAGAUUUACUGGGGGGAGUAGGAGGACUGCUGCACUUAAAGGCAGCCAGCCCUGUGGAGUAUAUGUUUCAUCCAUGUGACCUAGCAGAAGCUGUAGCACUAUAGAAUCCCAUUGUCACCACCACAGUUAAUUUAAUCUCAUAUUCACUAUGGAUCAAUUUGAUAUUUCUCCUAUUCAGUACAGACUAUUCCUGAAUCUGUGUUCUUGUUUUACACUCAGCCAUCUGCCUGUUGUGCUACCCAGUGGCCUCAGCCACUAUUCACCCUCAUUCCCUGCCCUAUCACUCCUGCUAACAGGUCUUAUAAUUUUCCCUGGGCUAAUAAUUUCUCCUUGAUUUUCAGUUCCCCUGCCCCUCAGACUACAAUGCACAUUCCUUUUGAAACAUCUUAUUUAUGCAGUUGAUCAUAUCAGUGAAAAGGCAAUGGUAAUGGAUGGUAUUUUUGAAUAAAAGAAUGAGCAUCACUGAAGGGAGGAAGUGUGGUGUCACACUGUAAAUUGGGGAAGCACCAGUCCCAUAAGCCUGUCCUGCUGUUCAGGAAGGAGUCUCAAGGUGUUAUAUUGUUAACAAAUUACAUCAUCAAACAAGGUGAUAAAAAAUAUGUAUUUUUUCAAUUCCCACUCAUUAAAAAAGUCAAAUCCAUUCCAGAGAUGACUAUUCCCAGGAUCUUACUUGCUUCAUCUAUAUUCUAGUCCAGUCCAUGAAGGUUUUCCCUGACCUAAUAUGCAUUUUUCCUCAUUAUUUUCUCUUUCCAAAAGUUCAAUUAAUUUUGGCCACCAACUCAGAAAUACCAAAGGCUACAGGAGAACAGUGUGGGUUUUUCUCUCGUCUUAUUGGCAAGGGUAGCUGUUAAAAAGCCUGAAAAAUAAAGGGAGAAAUAAAAUGAGGUGAAACAAUGACUGAAACUCCUACAAUGCACCUGUGGUUUUAGAAAGCUGGCUGUUUGUGAGUGGUUAGUCUGCUUUCCUCAAAUCUGCCCUUUUGAGACAUGAUGUCAUGAUUCGUGAUGUGGUUCUUUUAGUUGGUCUUAGAGUACAAAAGAUUAUCAGCAAACCAAGGACUUAAAUGGCAAAACACACUUUA